AUGCUUUGCAAAAAGAGCCUGGUGGCCUUUAGACAAGCAUACAGGCAUUCCUUGCGCUUUCAAACAAGACUAGCUAGCUCUGUGGCAAUAAAAACUUCGUAUAACAUUCGAGAAAUACUACCUCAGGGCCAGUUACACUGGAAUGCCUACCAGCAACAAAUAGAGGAUGCUGGCCUAAGGGUCGAACUGAAACGAUUAGAAGGUCGCUGGCUGGAUCAACUGACGCUCAAAAGUGAUCCGAAAGAUGAUAAAGACACUCCCGUAGAUCCCGAAUCAUCUGAAGAUUCGAAUGACGAACAGACUGAUCGUGAUUCCAGUAUACCGAACAAAGACAGUAACGAGCCACAGAAAUCUAAUUCUUCAAGUACAGGCUCCUCCACUAAUUCUGGGUCUCCUACAACGCCCCCAGGCGACGAUGGAAAUGGUAGCGGCAAUGGAGGUGGAUCAAAUGGUACAAACGACCUGAAGCAAUCUUCUAAGAAACCCAAGCUUCCAGAAGUAUAUCCUCAGAUGCUGGCGUUACCCAUUUCUAGACGUCCUCUGUUUCCUGGCUUUUACAAGGCUGUAGUGAUCUCUGACGAAAGAGUAAUGAAGGCCAUCAAAGAAAUGCUAGAACGCCAGCAGCCCUACAUUGGUGCUUUUCUUCUGAAAAACUCCAAUGUUGAUACGGACGUUAUCCAGUCUACCACAGAAGUACAUGACGUGGGUGUUUUCGCUCAGAUCACAAGCGCUUUCCCCAGCAAAGAUGAAAAAACGGGAUCAGAAACCAUGACGGCACUGUUGUAUCCACAUAGAAGAAUCAAAAUUGAUGAGCUACUACCGCCUUCAGAGAUCAAGGACACCACAAAGGCCAGCAGCGAACUAGCAGCUCCGCAAGAACUCUCAGAUAUAUCUGACGAAAAUGCGAGCAAAGCAGAAAGCCAAAGCUUGCAGACAAAGAAGGUGCAUGCUGAAGAAGUAGAAGAAUACGAAGAUGAAUUGAACCCAACUGCAUUUUUGAGGGAGUACGAUGUUUCUCUCGUGAACGUUUCCAACUUAGGGGACAAGGAAUUCGACAGGAAGUCGCCAGUCAUAAACGCCUUAACUUCAGAAAUUUUAAAAGUUUUCAAAGAGAUCUCUCAACUCAAUACAAUGUUCAGGGAGCAAAUUGCUACUUUUUCAGCUUCCAUUCAAUCUGCUACGACCAACAUUUUCGAAGAACCCGCCCGUCUAGCUGAUUUUGCUGCGGCCGUUUCAGCAGGCGAGGAAGAAGAGCUGCAAGAAAUCUUGGAGUCUCUGGAUAUUGAGCAGAGACUAGAGAAAUCUCUGGUCGUUCUAAAGAAGGAGCUCAUGAACGCAGAGCUCCAGAAUAAAAUAUCGAAAGACGUGGAAACAAAGAUUCAGAAAAGACAACGCGAAUAUUACUUGAUGGAACAGUUAAAAGGUAUCAAGAGAGAAUUGGGAAUCGACGAUGGGCGUGAUAAACUAAUCGAGACAUUUAAGGAGCGUGUCGAAAAGUUGCAGUUACCUGAGAACGUUCAAAAAGUUUUUGAUGAUGAAGUCAAUAAAUUGGCAACUCUUGAAACGUCUAUGUCAGAGUUCGGAGUGAUUAGGAACUACUUAGACUGGAUUACGACGCUUCCAUGGGGAGUUACGUCCAAGGAACAAUAUUCUAUCCCUCUAGCAAAAAGGAUCCUAGAUGAAGACCACUACGGAUUGAAGGACGUCAAGGACAGAAUUCUCGAGUUCAUCGCAGUAGGCAAACUACUCGGGAAAGUUGACGGUAAGAUAAUUUGCUUUGUCGGCCCCCCUGGAGUUGGUAAAACCUCCAUAGGUAAGUCAAUUGCUCGGUCCUUAAACCGUCAAUUUUACAGGUUUUCCGUUGGCGGUAUGACAGACGUAGCCGAAAUCAAAGGUCACAGAAGAACGUACAUUGGUGCUUUACCAGGCAGAGUUAUUCAGGCUUUGAAGAAGUGUGAAACUCAAAACCCACUUAUACUCAUCGAUGAAAUUGACAAAAUCGGACAUGGUGGUAUUCAUGGGGACCCAGCUGCAGCAUUACUUGAGCUCUUAGAUCCGGAACAAAACAACAGUUUCUUGGAUAAUUAUCUCGACAUCCCGAUGGAUCUAUCUAAAGUUUUGUUUGUUUGCACUGCGAAUACCCUUGAUACCAUUCCAAGAGCCUUGUUGGAUAGAAUGGAAGUUAUUGAACUUACUGGUUACGUGGCCGAGGAAAAGAUAAAAAUUGCCGAACAGUACUUAUCUCCAACUGCUAAACGUGACGCUGGUCUGGAAAAUGCGCAGGUAAACCUCUCAGAAGAAGCAGUGAUUGCGUUAAUGAAGCUCUACUGCCGAGAAAGUGGUGUCCGUAAUCUCAAGAAGCACAUCGAAAAAGUAUAUAGGAAAGCAGCUCUUGAUGUCGUCAAAAGGAUGAGCAUUGACGAAAAAGCACCAACCUUGAAAGAAGGUGGGGAGGACCAAAAUGGAAAAUCUGUUGGUGCUAGUGAGCCACUGAAAGAUAAAGAGCAAAAAGUGGUAGUUGAGAAGACACACGAUAACGAGGAAGCUGUCGUGGUUCCGGAUAGCAUAAAGGUACUGAUCAAUGCUCAAAAUUUGAAAGAUUACGUGGGCCCUCCAAUUUAUACAUCCGAUAGACUCUAUGAAACUACGCCUCCUGGCGUAGUGAUGGGUCUUGCAUGGACUAGUAUGGGUGGUUGUGCUAUGUACGUAGAAUCUGUGCUCGAACAGCCAAUCAGCGAUAAGUCACAUGCCUCCUUGGAACGCACUGGUCAGCUCGGUGACGUUAUGAAGGAGUCCUCCCGACUCGCAUAUUCUUUUGCGAGGAUGUUUUUGACUAAACGGUUCCCAGAAAAUCGCUUUUUUGAAAAAGCGUCCAUACAUUUGCACUGUCCAGAAGGAGCCACGCCCAAAGAUGGACCCUCUGCUGGUGUUACUAUGGCUUCAUCGUUUCUGUCACUAGCAUUAAAUCAGCCGCUUGAUCCCACGGUCGCAAUGACAGGCGAGUUGACAUUGACCGGAAAAGUUUUGCGGAUUGGCGGCUUACGGGAAAAAGCAGUUGCUGCCAAGAGAUCUGGUGCUAAAACAAUUAUCUUCCCCAAAGACAAUAUGAAUGACUGGGCAGACCUUCCGGACAACGUCAAGGACGGAUUAGAGCCUUUGGCUGCUGACUGGUACGGUCAAGUCUUUGAUAAAUUGUUUUCAGGUGUUUCGCCAGAGGAGGGGAAUUUUGUGUGGAAAUCAGACUUCGAUAAAAUCGACGCCAAAGAAGCCAAGAAGAAAGAUUGA